AUGAGCAAAUAUCUGUUGUUAUUCCUGGCUCUGCUACUGCUAGUUCAGAUUUCCUCGCAGAUAAGUUGCAGACCACUUCUCUGCCGCCUGUACUGCCCGGAAGGCUACAAAACUGUGAAUGGCUGUCCCACGUGCCAGUGUAGACCCCUAAGGUCAAAAAGGUUCAUCAGACCCAAUUUUCCUUUUAGACCAUGGGGGCCAAGACCUGCUUGGCCAAGACCUAUGCCAGGACCUAGGCCAAAAUCUAGGCCAGGACCAGUUUGGCCACCGAAACUUAGGCCAAAACCAAUUGGGCCACCAAUUAAUUCAUUUCCAGACUCUGAGAUAAGUUGCCCACCAGUUCUCUGUCGCGUUUUCUGUCCGGGAGGUUACGAAACUGUGAACGACUGCCCCACGUGCCAGUGUAAACCCCUUAGGUCGAAAAGGUUCAUCAGACCCAUUCGUCCUUUUAGAUCAAGGUGGUCAGGACCUGAUUGGCCAGGACCUAUGCCAGGAUCUGUUUGGUCAGGACCUGAUUGGUCAGGACCUAUGCCAGGAUCUGUUUGGUCAGGACCUGAUUGGUCAGGACCUAUGCCAGGAUCUGUUUGGUCAGGACCUGAUUGGUCAAGACCUAAGCCACCUAGGUCCUGA